CCACUCCACCCCACAGCACCGACCAUUUUCACAUGUCUUCUUAGGAAGAGAAAAGUCGCUCUCUAGAGAGAGAAAGGAAAUAAAUUUUAAAGAAGAAAGAGAAGUGAUAAUCCCGAAGAUUAGAUUGUCUUCUACUUAAGCAUUUUCAGAAAGCUUCAUUUCGGUGUUGGAAGCAGAGCUAAAAAAUGCUGCAACUCAAUUGAAUAGUUCAAUAAUUAACAGAGGAAAGGGGAAGAACAAGUCGGCUCUUUAUAACUGGCUUGUUCUUUUCAUUUUAUUGUAUUUGGAAAAGGCGAAGCAACUGAACUAUGAAGGAGACUGACAAGAGGAGAACUCCAAAUAAUAGCCAAUCAAAGCGCUCUGCUAAAACUGAAAGGAGAGACCGAAAACCAAACCAAUCAUUGAGUGGAAAGGAAACUGAACCUAGAAAUUUGCCCGCUAAACCAGACACCGGUGUUUUAGUAAGUGAUUCAAACACGGGCUCUGAGCCCACUGAAGUUUAUGAAAACAUGGUUAUACAUUAUGUGGAUGAUGUCAACAGGUUUGAGGAGGCACCUCAGGAUCCAAAAGCCAAUGCCACAGUUGAAAAAAUAAACAAGAAUGGGAUUUUAGAUGAUUGUGUAAGUGAUUUAAAUAAAGAGCCUAAGCAGGGAAAGGAAGAAGAAUCGGAUGCUGACACAAUAAAAGAUUCAGUAUCAUCACAGGGAGAUUCAUUGACAGCAGAUGAUGAGAAAGUAGAAAGUGUUCCAAGAGUACCUAGAAGUGUUAGCAAUAAGGAUUCCUCAGAAAGUUCUCGUGGAUCAAGAGUGAGAUUGGAUACUGGAGCUAGUAGAUCUACACCUAAAGCAGUGAAUAACACUCCUAAGAAACCUGCAAAAGCAAAGAAGGAACCACCAAGAGUUACUAGCAAAAGUUCUUUGGAUAAAAAUAAUAAAAAUAUGAAAGUUCCUGGUAAACCUUCAUCAGUGUCGUCUGAGGGAGCUGAUGAUAAACCUGUUGAAGAUGUAAAAGAUAUAGAAGCUUUGGAUGAGGCCUCAAAUGGUACUCAGAGUAUUGCAAGUGACAAUGAAACUGUUGAUGCUGAAGAAAAUGGCGGACAUGGGAACGAGAUAGCUUUAAAUCAAAGAAUUGAAGAAAUGGAAAUGAAAAUUGGGAAACUUGAAGAGGAGCUCAGAGAAGUUGCGGCUCUUGAAAUUUCACUGUAUUCCGUGGUGCCAGAGCAUGGGAGUUCAGCACACAAAGUGCAUACACCUGCACGACGCCUUUCUAGACUCUAUAUUCAUGCUUGUAAGUAUUGGACCCAAGACAAGCGAGCUACAAUUGCUAAAAACACAGUGUCAGGGCUUGUUUUGAUUGCCAAGUCCUGUGGUAAUGAUGUUCCGAGGUUAACCUUCUGGUUGUCCAACACCAUCGUGCUGAGGGAGAUCAUUUCUCAGGCAUUUGGCAGUUCACGCUACUCAAGUCCGCUUACAAGGUUCACCGGGUCCAAUGGGGAUAGCAAGAAAAGUGAAGGAAAGUCUAUGCCACUGAAAUGGAAGGGUAAUUAUGGUCAUAAACAAGUUGGUGGUUUUAUGGAGCUUGUGGAUGAUUGGCAGGAGACAGGAACCUACACAGCUGCAUUAGAAAAAGUAGAAUCAUGGAUAUUUUCUCGAAUAGUUGAGUCAGUAUGGUGGCAGGCUUUGACUCCACAUAUGCAAUCUCCAAGUGGGAGUUUGUCCUCCAAUAAAUCCUUUGGAAGGUUGUUGGGACCAGCCCUGGGCGAUCAGCAGCAAGGCAGCUUUUCUGUCAACCUUUGGAAGAAUGCUUUUCGAGAUGCCUCUCAACGACUUUGUCCUGUUAGAGCAGGAGGCCAUGAGUGUGGUUGCUUGCCUAUUAUUGCAAGAAUGGUUAUGGAACAGUGUGUUGCCAGAUUAGAUGUGGCAAUGUUCAAUGCUAUUCUGCGUGAGUCAGCCCAUGAGGUUCCUACAGACCCUGUAUCAGAUCCUAUUGUUGAUUCAAAGGUUCUACCUAUACCAGCUGGAGAUUUGAGCUUUGGUUCUGGUGCACAACUGAAAAAUUCUGUUGGUACUUGGUCCAGAUGGCUUAGUGAUAUGUUUGGCAUGGAUGUUGAUGAUUCCCUUAAAGACGAUCAGCACAGCAGCGACAAUGAUGAAAUGCGAGAUGGUGAACCCAAAGUCUUCCAUCUUUUGAAUGACUUAAGUGAUCUUCUCAUGCUUCCAAAAGACAUGCUCAUUGACAGAUCAAUAAGAAAGGAGGUAUGCCCUUCAAUCAGUCUCCCUUUAGUUAAGCGGAUCCUCUGCAACUUUACUCCAGAUGAGUUCUGUCCAGAUGCUGUCCCUGGAGAUGUAUUAGAGGCAUUGAAUGCUGAGACUAUUGUGGAGCGGAGAUUGUCAGGAGAGACUGCGAGAAACUUCCCUUAUACAGCUGCCCCAGUUAUGUACACAGCAGCUUCCUCUACUGAUGUUGCAGAAAAAGUAGCAGAGAUAGGAGCAAAAUCUCAUCUGUCAAGGAAUGUAUCUGUUGUACAGAGGAAAGGAUAUACCAGUGAUGAAGAAUUGGAAGAACUGGAUUCUCAUCUUACGUCUAUAAUCGAAAAGUUGCCUCCAUCGCCAAGUAUCAUGGCUAAUGGCAACAGAAAUGGAAAGCACACGGAACAUACCGGUCAUGUUGUCAAAAAUGUAAGGUAUGAACUCCUUCGGGAGGUGUGGUCUGCAGGAAUGUGAAGAGCGAUUGUGUUGUAUAUAAAAGUUUGUUUUACAUUAUUAAGUAUAUAUGAAAAAAAAAGAGAAUCAUAGGAAAAUAAGCAGAGUGAUAAAUGUUGAAUCAAGUGCAGGAAUUUUCACGAGCUGCUGAAAAGCCAUUAGCCUUUUU